GUUCAGCCGUUCUACGGUACGCUCAAUCCGUCAUGGAUCGAUGCGUGAUAAACCUUUCGAAUGGUAUUCUAUGAUCGAAAGAUCAAAGGGUCAAGGUAACUUAAACAACGGGUUUAACCUGAUGCAUGAGCGGGUGUCCGAUAGCGAGCUUCCGUCUGCCAACCCAUUGAUCGCUGAUCAUGGACAUUGGCGUCAGAAUUGUAUCGUCUCGCUAUCGUUCUGAGAUUAUACCGCCUGAACUUGACUUGAGUCACUGACAAGACCCGUGUAUUGAUACAAGCUUUGUCAUGGACAUCGCUAGUAUUUGUGCACGAGUCUUGUCAUGUGGCUCACUGGAUAAUACCAGCGAAAGGAUCAUGCAUACCGAACCACCCUCUUGUGCCACCACGGCAUGUUCUGACCAAUGACAGAUUAACCAAACUUGAUCCUGUAUCACAAUGUCUCCCCCAGCCAUGAUCUUCCAGGAGCCCAUCUCCCCCACUGUUCCUUCCAAGAAGUUGGUUCUCGGACCUCACAACUCUGCCCUUCCGGUCGGUGGACAGACCAAGCCUGAGACCAUCGAAGCCAUGGCUGGUGACUGGCAGUCUUUUACCUUCCGUCCCAUUCGCGAGUCUCAGGUCAGCAGAGCCAUGACCCGCCGCUACUUUUCCGACUUGGACAAGUACGCCGAGUCCGACGUCGUCAUCAUUGGCGCCGGCUCUUGCGGUCUCUCUGCUGCAUACUGUCUUGCCAAGGCUCGUCCUGACUUGAAGGUUGCCAUUGUUGAGGCCGGCGUUAGCCCUGGUGGUGGUGCUUGGCUUGGUGGCCAGCUCUUCUCUGCUAUGGUCAUGCGUAAGCCUGCUGAUGCCUUCCUUCGUGAGGUCGGUGUCGAGUAUGAGGAUGAUGGCGAGGACAGCAACUAUGUUGUUGUCAAGCAUGCUGCACUCUUCACCAGCACUCUUCUCAGCAAGGUCUUGCAGUUCCCCAACGUCAAGCUCUUCAACGCCACUGCUGUUGAGGAUCUCAUCACUCGUACCCGUGACGAUGGCUCUAUCCAGAUCGCUGGUGUUGUCACCAACUGGACUUUGGUCACCAUGCACCACGACGACCAGUCCUGCAUGGACCCCAACACUAUAAACGCCCCCGUCAUCAUCUCCACCACCGGCCACGACGGACCCUUCGGCGCCUUCAGCGUAAAGCGCCUCGUCAGCAUGCAAGCCAUAAAGUGCCUCGGCGGCAUGCGCGGCCUCGACAUGAACACUGCCGAAGACGCCAUCGUCAAGGGCACCCGUGAAAUCACCCCGGGCCUUAUCGUCGGCGGUAUGGAACUUUCAGAGGUAGAUGGCGCCAAUCGCAUGGGACCUACCUUCGGUGCCAUGGCGCUUAGUGGUGUCAAGGCUGCUGAGGAAGCCGUUAAGAUCUUUGAGCAGAGGCAGAAGGAGUGUGCUGCUUUCUACUAGGGCAAUCUUGAUUGAUGGCUUCGAGUGUAGUGUGAUCACAGUCAUUACCAGUAUCAAGAAUGUGACAUGACGAAAUCAUCGAUUCAUCGAAAGAAAUUCUUUUGUUGUUAUCCGCCUAUGUGUAACUCCCAAUAU